UGUUUGGACGUUGAAGAGGGGAGUGUCGAAUUCCAGGAGAGAGCAGCGGAGAGGGGAGCCGAGCGAGGGGUGCAAGGAUACACUGCAGGUUCUUUGCGAAGAUGGGGGACGACCGACCUUUUGUGUGCACUGCUCCGGGCUGUGGACAGAGAUUCACAAAUGAGGACCACUUGGCUGUGCACAAACACAAACAUGAGAUGACACUGAAGUUCGGACCGUCCCGGACCGACUCCGUCAUCAUCGCAGACCAGACGCCUACUCCCACUCGCUUCCUAAAGAACUGUGAGGAGGUCGGGCUGUUCAAUGAGCUAGCCUCUUCCUUUGAUCACGACGAAGAUGACAAGAAAGCCAAAAGCACUCAGCCAUCUUCAAACUCUGGUGCUGUGGAUAUGACUCUUCAGACACCUUCAGAUGUGAAGGUGAAGGAGGAGCUGCCUGUGGAGGUAGACUCGUCACCGCCCUGCAGCCCUCAGUCCAUUUCUCCAAAACCAGACAACCAGAGAGAGUCAUAUGCUAAACCCAAGGACACACCUCCCAGAAGUUCAGCUCCCACACCAACAAUAGUGCGGCCUGGAUCACUGCCACUCCACUUGGGCUUCGACGCCCUUCACCCCACCAUGCCCUCACCGACCUCUGUCAUCACCCAGGCCCCGCCCUCAAAUCGAACUCUAGGAUCUCCCACGAGCCAUUAUCCCAUGAUGAUGCUGCCGACCGGCCAAGCAGUGCCUGUGCUGCCUGGCCCUGUGCCGAUCCCCUCUGUUAUCAAUCUCGCUCGACCCAUGUGCAUGGUACCCAACAUUCCUGGGAUCCCUGGGCCUCCUCUAGGGGGCAGCAGCUCUGGCUCCAACUCGCCCUCUGGCUACAGCAUCCACUCAGAAGCCAAGAUGCGGCUGAAGGCAGCCCUGUCCCAGCAGAGUCCUUCAGGGCAUAGUAUGGGGGUGAUGGCUUUGGGCAGCAGUCCCAUGGUGCCCCAGAGGGCAGAGCAGAGCCAGCUGCUGGUCCAACAUCCAGACGCCCCCUCCCCAGCACAACCUCAGGUGUCUCCUGCUCAGCCCACCGGGGGGCGCCGGCGGCGGACGGCUGAUGAUGACCCAGACGAGAGAAGGCAGCGUUUCCUGGAGAGAAACCGUGCUGCAGCAUCGCGCUGCAGACAGAAGCGCAAACUGUGGGUCAGCUCUCUGGAGAAGAAGGCGGAGGAGCUCAGCUCUUUGAACGUGUCUCUGUCGAAUGAAGUGUCCCUGUUGCGAAACGAAGUGGCUCAUUUAAAGCAGCUGCUGCUGGCCCACAAGGACUGCCCUGUGACCACACUCCAAAAGAAGACAGCCUACUUAGCAGUUGAGGAGAGCCUUAAGGACAGUUCAGAGCCCACGGGAUCCCCUGCCCCAGUGAUCCAGCACAGUUCGCUGGCGCCCAGCCCCUCGGCCCACAACGGCCUGAGCUCCAGAGCUGCGGCGGAGGCCAUGGCCAUGUCUGUGCUGGCAGGAAUGGGGCAGCAGCAGCAUCGUGAGAGUGCCGCCUCUCACAUCAUCAUGGCUGCACAGUCCCAGUCUGCUGCCAGAUGAUGAGCACUGCCCCUAUGGCCCUGCCUGGGCUGGUCCCUCAUGGAAUUAAAGUAGAGGACUGCUAAGCGACUUCUCCCUGCGCUCUGGCCCUCUCUGUCUCAUGGGGGGCCAUCCCGCUGUGGGCCGCUCAGUAGCAGCCUUCUGGUAACGGACUGACACUUAGAGAGCGCCUGUUCAUUCUGCGAUAAACUACAGGGGCUGGACUCCAACCUUCACCUGAUUCCCUUUGUCUGUCCUCCUCUGUCCAAAUGACUCCUCACUGGACUGCAUUAUAUUGAGUGUACUGCCAUUACUACAUACUGUGUGGAGCAAUACGUCAGUAACAUUUAUGAUCAAAUAAGAAGCCAAGCAAUGUAUAGAGGGCUUUUCAAUGUGCCUCUGUUCAGCCUUAACAUCUAUUACUGUCAUAAUAUUUUAACGGUUGAAAACGGUUAUCCUACAUUUACAUAUUCUGUGCAUCACAUUAACUGUGUGUAACUCAUAACAUAGCAUUUCUGACUUAUUUCUGACUAGUUUUUUGUUUUCAUUUAACCUUUCUAAAGUUGGUUAUAAAACUUGAUGAAAUUUGUGCAGCUAUGUUUUAGUUAACAGGCACAUCUGUACGUAGAAGGGAACACCUUCUUUUGCUUCAAAUUCAGUUUGGUAAAAUUUGUUUCAUUAUUUGUUUUUGCAUGUUGCCCAAGACGUAAUAUACCUUUUAUUUUUCCAUUUCAAAUGAUGGUUAUAUAUUCUUGCUGCUUGUGUUGAACCCCAUGUGGCUCUCCACCAAACACAGCCUAAGCCAUAGACAAAAUCCUCCAAAGACUGCCCGGUGCAUGUAUGAACGCAGACAGUAAAAUGUGACUGUUAGAUUUGUGAAACAGAGGUUUCAGUGUCAUGCAGGUGUAUACACUUACACAAACUCACUAAGACAGGUCUCUAUUGCCUUAAAUGUCCAUUUGUGCCUAAACUAUCCCAUUUAACCUUAGCCAGAGCCUUAAAAUACAAACACUUGUGUCCUCUGGUGGAGAGACCUAGAAUUACAGCGGAUUGAGCCAGUUGGGAAUAAGUAAUACUUUCAGAUUCCACCAAUGUAUUUAUGCAUUUGAGUCAAGAACCCUUUUCUGUUCUAUUUUGUUCUUGUCUGUUCCUUGUCUCUCUGAUAAAUUAUAAAUGUGAUAAACAUCUGUCCAAAAAAAAGGGGAUGUCAUGAUGCACUAAUGAAAUGCAUUACAUUUGUCUAUUCUUUUAUUUACAUGUCUGACUGUAUUUACCUCUGUAUCUUGUAUGUGAGCUGUAUACAUGAAUGGGAAUUUGCUUAUUAACUUUAUAAACUAACCUUUGAUAAAAACAGUGGCGACCCCAAUGUUGUAUAGGGACCCUGACGCUAUAUUAGGCUUGUGUCCCAUAGGCGACUGUCAUAUAAAAUGAACAUUUGAGACAUUUAAUCUGUUUUAUGUAACUGUCUGGCACCUUCAUCAUCUUGUUUUAUUAGAUUGAUUUGCUUUCUCCCAUGUGCUACAUAUCCCUUGUGAUAAGUAUAUUGUUUUCUCUAAGGAGGAUAUAUUUUUUAAGAUCAAAGGUUUUAGACAGUCCCUGUUUAACUUAUUUUUAAUUGGCCAGUUGUCCUUACAUUUUGGCAUAUUUUAAAAUGUCUCCUAGAAUGUUGUGAAAAAAGAAAAGUGCAGCUCCAUUAGAGUUGCAGGUAGCGUAUUAGUGUUCUUUCACACUCCCUGAUGGACUGAUGAUGACUUUAACAUGUUCUUGUACUGUACAUAUCUGUACUAUAUGAAUAUAUUUACUUUUAAUGCAUGUCCAAGUGGAUUAAUAUGAACACUUACAGUGCUGCAGUUUUAAAGUAACUACAUAAUAAAAUCCUAUAUUUGUGUU